UGUGACCACGCCCACACGAAUUUCAAGCCACGCCUACCAAAACCUGAAGCCACUCCUCCCGUCCGAAGACGCAGGCCGCAAGGCCCCCCGCGCAUGCGCACUGCUGCCUCCUCGUCGUCGCCCGGAGUUGGAGUGGCACAUUUGGGCAACGGCAUGGCGGAUCAUGACAUCGACUUCAACACCGGCGACGCCGGCGCCUCGGCCACCUUCCCCCAGCAGUGCUCAGCAUUGCGCAAGAACGGAUACGUGGUCCUCAAGGGACGCCCCUGCAAGAUCGUAGAGAUGUCCACCUCCAAGACGGGCAAACACGGCCACGCCAAGGUCCACAUGAUCGGCAUCGACAUCUUCAACGGCAAGAAGUACGAGGACAUCUGCCCCUCCACCCACAACAUGGACGUGCCCAACAUCAAGCGCAACGACUACCAGCUGAUUGGCAUCCAGGACGGAUACCUCACCCUUCUCAUGGACAAUGGCGAGCUGCGCGAGGACCUGAAGCUGCCCGAGGGCGAGCUGGGCAAGGAAAUCGAGCAGAAGCACGAGGCCGGGGAGGAGAUGCUGGUCACAGUGCUGUCCGCCAUGAAUGAGGAGAGCGCUGUGGGCAUCAAGGCGAUGGCUAAAUAAGGCGGGUUGUGGCCUUGCUUAUUGGAGGUGUGAAUGCUAACAAGAGAAGACAACACAAGUUUAUUAAAAUAACAGAAACCACUGCGAUCGACCGACAUUAUCGAGGCCCAAACCAAACAUUUAGUUUUAUUUUCCAUAUAAAAAGCAACCCCCCCCCACACACACACACACACAACCUGCCGCCUCUCCCCUCCGCACACCUCCUGAAAACGAGAAGACAAAUUAGCAGAGGUUUUUUCUUUUUAGCGAGCGCUCUUGAUGCCAAGGGACCCCGUUAGAAGGUGUUCGGCCCAUUCCAGUCUCGCCCUGUUCCUUCGAACCAACCACCCACGGCGGGGUCAGCGUUGCCGCCGGUCAAGCACUGCUGUGACCGCGCGCCGCCGGCAAAGGGGCAAAGGGGAGCGAGGCGACGCUACCCAUCGGUGCGUCCCAUCAAGUCCUGCUCCCCCCCCCCCCUCCUCCUCCUCGUAUCUACACGCAGACUCGCCGACCCGCUCGCUCGCUCCACCCACCCAACCCGGCCCUCGCCAACCCCACACGAACCGCAGACGUCCGUGACUCGAUCACCCUCGGUUUUCUGAUCUCGAGGUGGAGUGCGUGCGCACAGACAGGAGCAAAAUGUAAUCGUCGACAACAGCAUUUUUUGGCCACAACGCCUUAGCACAGCUUUGCCUUUUUACUUGUUUUUUUUUCCUCCCCGUCCCCACCCACCCCCACCCCCCCCCCCCCCUUAAAAAAAAAAGCCGAGAAGUAACAAAAAAUAAAAAUUCUACACAAACGUUUGCUCGGGUCCGUUGCGUGGUCUAAACCUCCCACACCCUCCCCCGAAACCACCGCCUCGCAAUCUCAGAAUCAAGGGGGGGGGGGGGGGGGGGUGAGGGUUGGUGGGGGUCCCCGUCGCUAGAGCUGCCGACCUCUCGCAAGCGACGACGGUUUAGCGGUGGCGCUAGUCUGGAAUGCGGUGGCCGGAACUCGACCAAGACUUGGCGCUCCUCUUGGCUGCUUGCGCUGUCCGCCCCUCCCCCCUUCCACCCACCACCACCACCCCGCCGUCCCAACACUGCCGAUCACCCGCCACCCGCCACGACGGAUAGGAAUAACUUGGCCAAAAAAAAAGCCGUAUGGAUGUUACUGUUCGGGGGAGGAGGAAGAAGACGACGACGAUGGUGGAGGGUGUGUGGGGGGGUGGUGGUUGUUGGUGGCCGUCACGUUUCUUGCGUCGUCGAGAACCGAGAGAGAACGGACAGAGUCGGGAGAGGUGCGUGCAUCCGUGCGCGCGCUCGUGACAAAAGUGAGAUCAAGGAAAAGAUUUAACCACGACCGGGAGGAGGAGAGAGGAGCGCCGAUUGUAAUCGAUACAAUUCCCCCCCCACACCCCCUUACCCCCCUGUGUUGUGGGCGGAGCGAGCGGACCGUGCCGGCGAGGGUAACGAUCCCCGCCGGCUCCCCAUGACCGUAGUAAGGCGGCCGCACGGCGUGUCUGGCCCGCGUCAUACUCCAAUGUUGCUGCGCAGUGCUCUGAAUAAUAAACAUUACGGGCCAGC